GGGGGGGGCUGUAUCCGUGUGGGUUGAUUUUGGGAGCAGGUUGGCCGAGUGUGUGCGAGGUCAGCUGACCUCUAAUGGGUGCAAUUAAGCCAAUUAGUGAGCACUGUAGGCAUCCGCCGGUCUCUAUUAAUUGCCCCACCCGGCCGUGCGUUCUUGAUGAAUAAGUCCUUCCCCCGUGGGUAAGCAGCAGCAGCCGUGCAGCCAGUAAUGGGAAGUGAUCUCUGCAGACUGUGAAGCUGCACUGUGGUAUGCGACUGUGUGCAGACCAGGAAGUCAUUUCUACACAGCCGCCUUCGCCCCUCCCAAACCCCCGUGCUCUACACCUCUCCUUCUCUCCUUGCCAUUCCUGCUCUCUGACAUGGGACGGAGUAAGACGCUUGGCUGAAAGCUCCCAGACGGACCAACUGUUCUAGAAGAGUGAUUGGAACUGACCAGCGGCCAUGUCGGAGGAAGAGGAUGAGGUUUGCUGGACCAAACUGGAGCGCUAUCGGGUCAAGCUCAUCACGGUAAUAGACCCCAACCGGAUCACCCCUUACCUCCGCCAGUGCCGGGUGUUGAACAGCGACGAUGAAGAGCAGGUCUUCAAUGACCCGAAUCUGGUCAUCCGCAAAAGGAAAGUGGGUGUGCUGCUGGAUAUUUUACAGAGGACUGGGUGCAAAGGUUACGUGGCCUUUCUGGAAAGCCUUGAGCUUUAUUACCCGCACCUGUACAAGAAGAUAACUGGGAGCGAGCCAACGCGAGUCUUCUCCAUGAUCAUAGACACCGCAGGGGAAUCCAGCCUGACCCAGCUCCUCAUGAACGAGAUGCUGAAGCUCCAGCAGAUCAUUCAAGACGAGAGGCAGAAAUACAAAGAACUGAACAAGGAACUGCUGGACAAGGAAGACGUCAUCCGGCAGACGCAAGUGAAGGACAACGAGCUGAAGAAGCACCAGGAGAGGGUCAAGAAGAUGAAGGAAGAGAGUGACAAGUUGAUCGCAGAGCGGAAUAAGUUGAAAGAUGAAAAUUAUGACCUGGCCAUGAGGUACGCCCGUCAGAGUGAGGAGAAGAACGCCGCGUUGAUGAGAAACAGAGAUCUGCAGCUAGAGAUAGACCGUUUAAAGCACAACCUGAUGAAGGCUGAGGAUGACUGUAAGCUGGAGAGAAAGCAGACCAGGAAGCUGAAGGAUGCCAUUGAGAAGAGGCCCAGCCAGGAAGUUAUCCUUGAAUUGCAGAGAGAAAAUGACCUUUUGAAGGCCAGGAUUCAGGAGCUGGAUAACCCCAUGCAGAACGUUCCAAAAGGAGAGGCAUCUGAGAAGACCCGGAUGUACAUCCAAGUGCUAGAAGAUGACCGCAGACAGGCCUUGGAACAGCACCAAGAUCUGGUCAACUCGGUGUACACUUUGAAAAUGUCUCUCCGCCUGGCCGAAGACCACCGAGACAAAUACAAGGAGGAGAAGGAGCUCCUGGAACUUCAGUGCACUACUUUGAAGAAAGACUCAAAGCUCUACAAGGAACGGAUUGAAGCCAUAUUGCAGCAGAUGGAAGAAGUGUGUGCCGAGCGGGAUCAGGCCAUGACGACCAGGGAACAGUUCCACACACAAUAUUCCAAGAGCCUCAUUAACAUGGAUUCGUACAGGCGGCAGUUGCGGGAGAUGGGGGAGAAGUGCGACGACCUGCAGAUCCAGCUGUUCAGGAUGGAACGGGAAACUCUGGCCAUGAAGACCGACCUGAAUAAGUUAAAGUCUCCAGCGCUGACCUCGGAUUUUGAAGAGCUUUCACCCCAGGAGAGCCACAAUUCCCCAGAUAACAAGCACCCAGAGACUGCACAGCAGGAACAGAAGAAUAACCCCAAUUCCAAGAACGUGGCAGAGGCAGCGCAAGCACAGAAUAGCAGUCCGGUAAAUGGAUUUGGCAUUAGAAGGAAGGUCAAUAACAGUUUUGAAGACAUCCGAAGGAAAAGGGUGCUGAAAACGCGGAGGAACUCCGAAGAAUAUUACACUACAGAAAGUGACGCUGAGGGGACCCCUUAGGGGCCACGCUAUAUUUUUUUAGUCUUGGCUUUGAAGAAAAGAGCAAGACCUGGACGGAGAGACUGCAGCAUGGAGACUGGAGCCUUUAAGUGAAGCCCCGCCCCCACGUGCUGUCGGUGGGGGGGGGCCCUGAAACACAGCCUUAACGACAACGAAAGCCCCCCUUGCAAGUACAGUGUUUUUUGUUUACAUUCCAAACCACCCACAGUGGUACAGGCAGCUCCGCCCCCUCCAGGCAAGAAGUGUUGGACUGGGGCCCCCUAGGGCCACACAAAGAUUCCGACACCCAGGGCCCAGUCUCCCAGCAACUAGAGGGAGACAGGGUUAUACAGGCCUAUGGUGGAAAUAAGAAAGGGAUGAUGGGAAUUUUCCUUAGUUAGGGGCCCUGUAGAAUUGGACCUAUUGCCGAUGCCCCCGGGCAACCCAUUAGGAAUAAGCUGUGCCACGAGAAGCUACUAUGUUAUAUAAAGCUAUGUUAUGUAAAGUCCUGUGUUUUUAUACUAAAGAGCAAUUCUGUACUGUGGCUAAAGCAUUAAACCCAUACGCAAAGCUGUGUGUUACUUA